UGGUUUCUUCUGUUGGAAGCGAAGGCAAGGAAGGCGGGUCUGGCUGGGAAGUCGCUGCACGUUGAACAAGCGGAGAGGAAGCAACCCGGAGUUGGGGGCGCCCUUGGUGCAAAAAAAAAAAAAAAAAACCCGACCCCCAUCGCCCGCGGAGGCCGUGGCAAGCAUGGGCGUCACCUGUGUAUCUCAGAUGCCAGUAGCAGAGGGAAAAAGUGUUCAGCAAACAGUUGAAAUCUUAACAAGAAAACUGGAGCUACUUGGUGCAGAAAAACAAGGAACAUUUUGUGUGGAUUGUGAAACCUAUCACACUGCAGCCUCCACAAUGGGCAGUCAAGGACAGGCUGCCAAAUUGAUGUAUGUGAUGCACAAUUCAGAAUAUCCCCUCAGCUGUUUUGCUCUCUUUGAAAAUGGACCAUGCCUCAUAGCAGAUACCAACUUUGACAUACUUAUGGUGAAAUUGAAAGGCUUCUUUCAAAAUGCCAAAGGGAACAAAAUAGAGAGCCGUGGCACUCGAUACCAGUACUGUGAUUUUUUGGUGAAGGUCGGCACAGUCACCAUGGGGCCCAGCGCCCGUGGAAUAUCUGUUGAGGUGGACUAUUGUCCAUGUGUGGUAGCCACUGACUGUUGGAACCUUGUAAUGGAAUUCAUGCAGAGCUUUAUGGGAAAUCAUGCCCCCGGUAUCCCCUCUGUGUUCAAUAAUAAGCAUGACAGCAUCUACAAUCCAGCUGAUACAAUAGUUCAAUACAUGGAACUUUUCAACAAAAUUCGCAAGCAGCAGCAGGUGCCUGUUGCAGGUAUCAGAUGAAGAAGUGUCAGAAAAUGUUCUUCAAGUAAGCAACCACUUGUUGAAUAGCAAAUUCAAUCCAGUAUUCCAGAUGGCAGUUGUUAUCCAGCAAAGCAAUAUGUCUGUCUUGUAAAUAUCUUCUUGUUGAAGAUGAAUGCUGUCUCAUAUCAGACUCUCAGAAAUGUGUGCCAUAGUUUCUUUGCCCUUGUUUUAGAUUCAGGGAAUCUGGUCAUGGAAACCAAUAUCUGUACUGUUAUACAUAGUUAAAUAAUUUGAUAUUAAUGAAAACACAGAAUCUGUUUCUAUCGGUUUUAAAUUGUUGAUUAAUUGUUAUUGUAUUCUUCUAUCUAGUAGGGAUUAUUGUUUAGUUUGUAUUUUACUCCUGCAAAACUUUUUGCUAGUUCUCACAUAAAUAUAUUAAUCUUCCCAAUUAAAAAGCUGUUAAAAGCUAUUUUCUAAUUAAUUGAGCGAAGUCUUGAUAAUUAACUGCCUAUGUACUGCAACUGUCUCUGUACAAUAACCUUUCCAUAUACUCUGUUUGUUGAAUUUUAAGUUGUUCGAUGCAAGAAAAACAAGACUCUAAGUUUUAAUGAGACCCUAGUAAUGAAUUUCCUUCCUAAAUAGAAAUGAAUUUCCUUCCUUUUAAAGAGAUAACCAUAGCCUUUUAAAAAAAGUUCUAAUUAUCAAUUGGACCAAAGAAUUUAGGCAUAUGUUUUUGCUAAGGGGAAUGGUAGCCAUUAAUAACACCUAACAGUACAUCUUAAAUAUCACUGAACCCUAAUAUAAAUCAGGUACACUAAUAUUUGUAGAAUGGCUAAACAUAUGGUUGAACCAAGUUUCAGAAUGUAUUUUAGAGAUUUAAAUAUAGAGAUUAUCUUCAAUUCUGAAUUGUCAGUAUCAAAUCAAUUCCAUAUAGAUUAACAACUUGGCUGUGAAAAAAAGUAUAUUUCAGUAAUUGAUUUUUAUUGCCAUCCAUAUAAAGACUCUGGUGUGAAUUUAAAAUGCAACCUGAGCUUUUUGAUUCCUUGCAUAUGGGUAGCUGUUUUAACUUACAGAACUAGAGAAUAAAAAUACAGUAUUUUAAAAGAAAGAUUUCAGUUUUUCAAUGUUAAAGUCAUAAACUUGCAAAUUUCAUUAGGAUUUUAUAUGGAUAUUCUUUUUAUUCAGUCAGAGACUAUAUAGUUAAAGUAGUGACUCUUCUUUUAUAACUGAUUUUGGAAUGUAAUAACUUUUAUUUGUCUAUGCAUAAUAAGCAUUGUCCUGUUGAAAAAGAGAGUAAACAUUUGAAGUUUUGGUUUUGUGCUGCAGUCGUUAAUAUUUGGUCUAUGUUUUUUUUCCAUUAGAAAACAUUAAAACUAUAUAGAAUUAAACAUUAUGGUCAAUAUUAUUGAUUGGUUCAAAACAAAUAUUGCCCAAAUUAUUUGUUUUUAUUGGGUAAGCAACUGUCAUUUUAAGUCUAUAUGUUAAAACAUUGAAGUACAUAGAAAUGUUUCUCAGUAUUUUUAAUCUUACUCAUUGGCUACGAGCCCAGAAAGUUUUGACAAAUUAAUUGUUAAUAUAUGCAGAAAAUUGUCUGUAUUGUAAGCAAAUGAGUAAUUUUAACGUAAGAUAAUUGAAUCUGAUCCAUGAAUCAUAUGUAACUUUAAUAUGUUGGGAUUUUCGUGGUUGCUGAUGAACUGCAGGCAAAAAAGACUGAAGACUCAGGCCUUUGGGUUGUUGAUAUUGUGCAUUUAAAGGAGUUAAAUAUUUGUUCUAAAUGUAUAUACAUGGAAGUAAAACAUUAAAAGUCAAAAAGACUGAAGAAUGAUACAUGUACAUAGAGCUUGCUUUUUACCUUUCCAGCCAGACUGCCUUUGUAAAUAAAAUCACAAUAUUCAUAUUUAUCAUGA